UUGUUUGUUUUUAAAUCUUGCACCCUGGAAUGAAUGCUUCUUUCUCUCUCUUUCAAUUUUGACUUAGAUAAGUUCUUUAUAUCAUCAAUUCUGUGUUAAAUGUUUGCUGUUACUUUGCAAUAGCAAUAAGGUCUGUAACUUUACUAGCUAACUCUCUAAGGGCAAAAUGUAUGUUGUAUUGUCUUUGAUUCAAACUUGAGCAUCAAGUGCAUUUGAAUAGAAUAUACUCAUGAAAAUCAGCCUUGGAAAUAGCCAUGAGUGUUUACCGAGGCCAAGAGGCAGGAGAAAUCAAAGGGCAUGACUAUGCUAUGAUUUACAAAACAGCGACCCAGAGAGAUGAAAACCAUACACCAGACAGUAACUUAAUCAGACUCACAAGCAAAAUGUUACAAAUGAAUAGGCUGGAAGGAAUAACUACACGUUAUAAUAGUAAUCUCUUGGAGAAAAUGGCAUUUUUUCAGUGUAUGGAAAAAGGUGAGACCGUACAGUGUUUUUUGAAAGAAAAUACCAGUGAACUUGAUUCAGGAGCUGAAGAGAAUGAGGCAAAGGAGACGGUGUGGCAUCAUUUAAGCCUGAAGGAAACAUGUGUUGUAAAGAAGAGAACUCUAGACCCCACAGAGAGAUCUACUCAGAAGAACCAAGCCUGCUCAGAGAAAGAAAAGAUUCAUAAACUCAACAAGGAGAAUGCUGAAAAAGCUUGUGCUUCCCUGGUUCAGAAGAGUUCUCCCACAGGAAGAAUUCAAAGCCCAGGAGAAGAUUUUCCUUCCAAAGAAGAAUAUAGAGAGAAUAUUGAAAGAGCUACAUCGAAGAUGGGAAGACAAGAAGAGGUAACCAUUAAUGGAGAAAACCAAGACCCUGUGGAAAAACCCAAAGCUUUGGGAGAUGUGAAGAGAUCUCAAGAGAGUAUGGUCUCCAAAAGAGAGAAGAAUGCACUUCAUGCUAAAGGCGAUACCAAUGAGGAAGAAACUGGGGAGGAAGGAUCAACAGGUGCAAUAAAGGAAACAUUAGAAAGGUAUAAUGACAGUAAAAAGGAUAAUUCUUCAGUAAUAUCCUCAGGAGGCCAAUCCAUGAGGCUUCUUUCCCAGAAUGCUGAGCUAGCUGCUCUGGCAGACCACAGCAGUAAGCGAAGAGUGAAUGAUGGAGGCCUCCUUACUGAUGAUAAGAAGAAGAGUAGAGUUGACAUAGAGGGCAGAGAUGAAAAAUGCAAAGCCCAGGAGCCCACCAAAAUAAAACAAGCCCUGAACAGCCUACUAAGCAAAUCCCAGGAGUCACCUAAGAUUAAAAAGGGGCAUCUAGUAAAGUCUCCUACCAAGGAGAAAGAUCUGGCAAUACCACAAGAUAACAGUCCUGCUCCCCCAGCCCCAUUUGAUCACAGGAUUGUCACAACCAGACAGACAGCAAUCAACAGCCUCUAUAUUGUGAAUAAGAGGGAAAUCUUAGGAGGGGGACGGUUUGGUCAAGUACACAAAUGUGAAGAAAAAGCCACAGGCCUGAAAUUAGCAGCCAAAAUCAUCAAGACCAGAGGGGUUAAGGAAAAAGAUGAAGUAAAAAAUGAAAUCAGUGUCAUGAACCAGCUGGACCAUGUGAAUAUCAUCCAACUCUAUGAUGCCUUUGAAUCCAAGAAUGACAUUGUCCUGGUGAUGGAAUAUGUGGAUGGAGGAGAACUGUUUGAUCGAAUAAUUGAUGAAAACUACAAUUUAACUGAGUUGGAUACCAUUUUAUUCAUCAAGCAGAUAUGUGAGGGGAUCAGACACAUGCAUCAGAUGUACAUCCUUCACUUGGAUCUGAAGCCUGAGAACAUCCUGUGUGUGAGUCGAGACGCCAAACAAAUAAAAAUUAUUGAUUUUGGAUUGGCAAGAAGAUAUAAACCUAGAGAAAAGCUGAGAGUAAACUUUGGAACUCCUGAAUUUCUUGCUCCUGAAGUUGUGAAUUAUGAUUUUGUUUCGUUCCCUACUGAUAUGUGGAGUGUUGGCGUGAUUGCCUACAUGUUACUCAGCGGAUUGUCUCCUUUCCUGGGUGAUAGUGAUGCUGAGACACUAAGCAACAUCUUGGCUUGUAGCUGGGAUUUGGAAGAAGAAGAAUUCCAAGGCAUUUCUGAAGAGGCCAAGGAAUUCAUCUCUAAGCUUCUGAUUAAGGAGAAGAGCUGGAGAAUAAGUGCGAGUGAAGCCUUAAAGCAUCCCUGGUUGUCAGACCACAAUCUACAUCGCAGACUUAACUCACAGAAGAAGAAGAAGAUCCCAGGCUCCAAAGCUCAGUAACUGGCAGCCCAGGACCCUGCUGAAGAGUGUUACAAGUUGGAAGGAAAACUGCUGUGGUUGUUGCCCUUUCGAGGGGACUUUGGAAAAAUCAGCAGUUUUGAUGCUUUGACCCCAGCAGUGACUGGAGGCAUCUACCAAAUGGAGUAACUCCACCUCUGACUGUAUUACUGAGCUGCUUUUUUUUUUUUUUAAAGUCAUGCAGCUUCCAGAAGAGGAAACCAGCAGAAGCUUUUCCCAAAGAGGCAUAAAUACCAGAGCCCCCACAUCCUUUACCUCACUUCUGAGAUGGUUGCAGUAGUUUACUAUUGGGAAGACAAUUUUCUCUGCUGUCUUUUGCUUUCUCCGUCGAUGGGGCAAGCUUGCCAUCAUGUUAACUGUUGCUGUGUUAGGCAGGUGGACUAGAAAUGAAUUUGAUCUGAAAAUUUCAAACCUGAAAUUGUGUUUGAAGUGGCCGAGUGCUAACAAGUUUUAAAACGAGAGUAUUGCAUAAUGGAGAUUUUGUGGCAUAUGUUCUUUUGAAUCUACUAUGUAUAGGAAACAUUACUUUGUUCUGUGUUACAACUGAUGAUCACAGAAAGUUUAUUUGUCAUGAAAGAGUUGGGAAAAGCCAUUAAAAUGGAUUCAUUAUUGCUCUCCAUUGCAAACUUUGAUCUAAUUUUGUUAAGAGUUCUGAAAAUGCCAAUGAACAACUAUAUCCAAAAUUAGUAGUAAGCAGGCAAAGUCGUCUUGGGAAAGAAAGGCAUUGUGCCAGUCCUGGAAUGAUUUGGGGCACCGAGCCCAAAUGUCUGAAUAAAUUUAACUAUGACAGGUACAUAUGAUACUGAAUUUAUAACUUACAAGUAAGGAAAAUCAGUACAUUCACUUGGCCAAUGAAGAUUAAGCUUUGCUUAAGUUCUACUGUGUACAAGGAAGCCAUUCCCAAUUGAAAUCUUCCACCUAUUCCCUGAGAUAGUAAGCCAUUUCAUCAGAUAUUGAAUAAAGAAAAUAUCCCAUGACUAAUGAGCUCUGUUAUACACAAACUAUACUCAUAGGGAAAAAAAAAGCAGAACUCCUGCCAUACUCUUAAAAAAAAAGGUAAAACACACAAGAUACUUUUUAAAUGAAAAAAAAAAUUCUUUCUUGCUUAACUCACUUUCCAAAUUUUAUAUCAAAUGUUCAGUUCAGUUACUUUUUCCACAUAGUCCAUUUCCAAAUAACUGUUGUGUUGAGGUCGUUACAAUAAUGUUUUCAUUUUGGGUCACUUUUUCUUCUCUGAUACUAAAGGGGAUUGCUUUAUAAAGAAUCUGGUAAUUAGCAUUGAAGGCAGAUUAAAUUUCUUCAACUUAUUCCUCACAUUUCCAAUGUCCACUUCCAAUAUAUCUUCAAGGAGGACAUAUGAAUAACAUGCUUAUUCCCAUUUUACAGGUUUGUGGGAACUGGAGGCAAUUGAGGUUAUGGAAUUUGGCCAAGGCCCCAUGGAAAGGUACUGGGAAAGGCAUGAAACUGCCUCCCUUUUCCAAGGUUCUUACCAUCAUGCUUCACUCCUUUUUUUCAUCUGGCCUAUUCAUUUUUGUUCCAGGAUUGAUUUCCCCUCCUGUUUUUAUGCGACUGUGCUUACAAUGUUUAAUUUGGUUUCCUUAUGGGGAAAAAAUCAGAGAAAGAAACUGUAUGCCUGAAGUCUUGUAUUACUGGGCUAUCUUUAGCUGAUGAUAUGCAGUAUAUCUGGAAAGUUAUAAGCCAGUGCAUGCAUGAAUAAUCACUUAUACCACAGUGUCCUGGCUUUCAUUCAAAUGCUAAAUAGGACACAAGGGUCUGAUUUUAAGCCCCUUAUGGAACAGUGUGUUCUACCAUAGAGCAAGGAAAGUCUACCCAGAUACUUUCUUGCCUGGCUGAGUAGAGCUCAAAUUUUGAUUUAUCAGCUCCCUUUCUCUAGAUUCUAGCAUGAAUUUGAGAUUCCCCAAUUCAAACUGAGGAGAUCUAGUCUUGUGAAAUUCAUCAGCGAUGACCCUAAUGUUUCUGGGAGUGAAAUACUUAGAUAUUUAGAAAUAACUCUUCUACUUUGGAAGUGUAUUUUGUUUAGAUUUGUAUUUUAAGAUCCACAAUUGGGAGGGAAACUGCCCCAACACUAGCUGAGUGCUUUUAAUAAGAAAUUUCAGAGGUGUUAAGUUUUGCAGAGUUAAUUAUUGCAGGUCAGGGUUAUGGAGGAAUGCAAGAUCAUGGAUUGGAGCCAUGUUCUAUGUCUCCAUAUUUCUGUAGGGCUGAUCCAACUCCUUCUUGCCAAAUGUUCUACUAUUCCAGAAGGUCAGAGAUAUGCAUGGUAGGUGGGGUUGCAAAGCAAGGACCUAAAUUGUAGCAUAGAUUAUGUUUAGAGCAGAGCCAUCAUGAUCAAUUUUCCAAGGGGACAUAAUGCCCCUCUUAAUAGAAGAUUUAAGCUCUAUUGCUUUUCCUAAUUUCUUCAAACUUUUCAUAAUAACUAGCAUUUAUAUAGUGCUUUAGGGCUUGCAGAGUACUUUACAUAUGUAUUAUUCCAUUUUACUCACCUAUUGGACAUCUCUAUCUUACUACUUUGGCAAAUUGUUGAAGCUGAACCUUGAUGUUAUAUCAGAAAGAUGUACCUUGUGAUAGAGUUAGGGAAAAGUAUACAUAUUUGUAGUUAUAAAACCCUAUAAUAUAGGAAGAUGAUUCAUAGUUCUGUGGUUGCUAUAUAUAAAUAGCUCUUCAUUAACUUCCCACCUAACUUUAGAGGAAAUUUGGAGCUAACUUUAGAGGAAAUUUCCAAGGUGGAGACAGGAUAUGAUCAUGGCCUAGUGUGUAAUGUACAUACAUUUUUCAUUAAUUAUUAAUGAUUCAUUAUCUAGCUUGGUGUUGACUUUAUUUUUCCCCUCAAUUCUAACGAAGAGAAUUCUGCAUUUAUAUAUGUGUAUAUAAUGGUGCACAUUGAUGUGAAUGUAGUUUGGAGAUGAGAAUGUGUGUGCUUGUGUUUAUUUACAUCUUGUUUAUCUUACAAAGGUGAUUAUAUCAUAUUUUUUUCUUGAUUUGUUCCCAAAAUGUGGGUUUUUUCUUAAUUAUGUCUUCUCCAACCAUUAUAAGGUACUGUGGAAACUGUGGUCCCACUGUGUCCCAAUUCUCCUUACCCAGAAUCUUCCCUUUUAUUCUCUUGACCCAUCUUUUGUUUUCUAACCUUCAUACUCAUUUUCCUUCAUGUUAAAGUCAUGUUCCACCUCCCUUCCAAGUCUUAGCCCAUUUCUAAAUAUUGAUCUUUCCCUAAGAUUUAUUAAAAAAAAAUUUUUUUUACCAAUGUUACCAAUUCAUUCUCUCUCUCUCUCUCUCUCUCUCUCUCUCUCUCUCUCUCUCUCUCUCUCUCUCUCUCUCUCUCUCUCCAUAUCUAAAUUCUCUGUCUGGACUAUUCUAUCUACUCUAGCCUUUUGCUAUUGUGGACUAUUGCUUUUUGUAGAUAACCAAGGCCUAAGAUUAGGACCCAAGAGAAGAAAGGAAGUCUUUUGCUGUGGAAAGAAUAUGAUACAGGGAGAAAGAAGAGUCUGGUUUUAAAAGUUUAUGAGUUUUCAUAAUGGAGAUCCUUUUGUAGUAAAUAUAUUGAAAAACUGGUUAAAAUUCACUAAAGCUCAACAACUGGGAAACGUAUAAGAAAAGCAAGAUGGGAAAGUAUUCCUCUUUAAUUGAAUUAUCUUCUUACCUCCUAGGAACUCCGGAGUAAGGCUGGUAGAGGUAGUGAGCCUUUAUGUUAAGAACUGUAUCUGAGCUCAGAUUAAUGAGAUUUGCUUUGAGUAUGUGGUCAUUUUUUCAAUAUAUUUAUUUUUAUUUAAAAAAAAAUUUCCCGUGGUUACAUAAUUCUUGUUGUCUCCCUUCCCUCUUCCCUCCCUGCUCCUGGAGUUGACAAGUAAUUUCACUGAGUUAUACAUAUGUUAUCACUCAAAUCCUACUUCCAUAUUAUUCAUUUUUGUAAUACAGUAAUCUUUUAAAAACAAAACCCCAAAUCAUACUGGGUAAGUGGUCUUUUGAUGGCUGGUUUCACCUUCAGGAAGUCUGAUAGCUCAAUCAUUACCCAAUGAAGAAGUGAAAAUGAUGUCAAACUGCCUGAGUGCAAAUAUAUUGCUUAAAAAAAAUUGUGUGGCCAAAGCUGACAAAAGCCCCCAUAGUGAUGAUGUCAUGACUUUCAUGUCAACUGGUGAUGUUUUUUCAGGAUGGAUAUACAGAAAAGGCUAGGUAAUGUAGAGAUUGCUUGUGUUGCAUGUACUUCUAGUUUUUAAAAAAUAAGAUUUUGUCAGAUUAGUGGUUUUUUGUGUUGACAUAGAAAUACAUACAAGAUUAUUAUGUGUUAUACUACAGAAUAAAGAAAUUUUAUUUACUUUGUGA